AUGUCCGACAGGAAAAGUUCUUCCUUCCGACAGGACACAAACGGAUGUCCGACAGGAAAAGUUCUUCCUUCCGACAGGACACAAACGGAUGUCCGACGGUUAAGCCACAAACGAAUGUCCGACGUCCCACCAACUGAGUCCAUUCCCAAACCAGAGGAACCUAAAGCACCAGCCCCUGCACCUCAGUUCCAGCAAUUCCAAUCUCAAUACAAAUCGAAGAGAGACCAAGACUUCGAAGAAGGUCUGAACCGCUUACGCAAAGAGUAUGCCACAGCUCCAAUUGAGAGAAAGUUGUUGCUGAAUUCAGCAAAAAUAAUGUUUAGGUGA